UAUGGAUAAUUUAUGCACAGUUUGUAUAAAUUAAAAGGCAGUUAAUAAGGAUUUCGAAUGUAAAUCUUAUAGAUGCGAUGAAAACUGUAGAAAAGGUAUUUUAGAAGCUUGUUAAACUUGUAAUAAAAAGUUAUCAGGGUAGCAUUAGUAAUAAAAUAAAAAAAAAGUUGAAGACUUAAUAAAAAUUUGUCAAAGGAGCAUCUCAUUUAUCCAUAAUCAGUAAAUAUAUAUGAAACAAUUUAUUGAGCAUUAAAUAGGAGAAUUAAUUAAUUUACUCUUAGAGAAAUAAAAUUCACUAUAGAGUAAUCUAACUGAGAUUUUAUAAAAGAAAUUGGAUUUUUAUUAAGAUUGUGAAUCAAGGUUAAAUAUUAUGAAGAAAAAUAGCGAUUUCAAUAAAUUAAAACAAUUGCCAUUUUCUCAAUUAGAAUAGUAUGAAGAUGAUAAAAUUAUGGAUUUCGGAAAUAUUAAAAUUUUAACAGAAGAGAUUAAGAAUUUUGGAAAAAGAGUUACUAGAAAAAAUAACUAAAGUGUUAAUCUAUUAAGCAAUAAUAUGAAGAAAGUCCUUAAUAAUGAGAAUAAGGAAAACUAAAAGGAAUCUUAUGAGAAAAUUAAUCCUUCCAACAUGUUUAUUUCAUUUUUGCCACCAUUAGAAGAUGCAACAUUAAUUUAUAGAUUAGGUUAGAAAUAUCAAAUGCCUAAAUAAAGUAAGGUAUUAGGAUUCAUCUACACAACAAAUUCAUGCAAAUUUGGCUUUUAUUAUAAUGUAGAUUAUCCAACAACUGGCUAUAAUAGUUGUAAAGAUUGCUAUAUUUUCUCAUUAGAAAAUGUUUAUCGUAUUCCAGUAUUCAUAUUUAAUAAAUUUUAGCCUAUGAAAUUUUAUCCAAAAGAAGAGUGUAUAAGAUAUUCAUUGUUUCUAAAUCACUCGAAGAUUGGAUUUGGUAAGGAUUGUAAGGAUUUGUUGAUUGAUUUUGAGAAUAUCAAAAAUUCUUCCUCUAACCUAGGUUAUUCAUAUGAUAUUUAUUCAGAACUUGAUAAUGAAUGUAUUCUAGCAGGAAGAGGAACAAAUUGGAAUAUUGAAAUGAUAGAAAUAUUCGAUUUGAAAUGA